AUGAAGUCUAUUCUCGAAAACGAUGUUACGGCAGCUGAUAAUGUUAAGGGAUUUCUGCUCAAUGCUAGCGAUGACUUCAAUUUUGUGGUCAAAGGAGAACAAUUAAAUGAACAAACGAAUACUGAAAAUGUUAUUAAACUUGACAUUAUCAGUGAAUUUAUUGGAAACCUCAAAAACAUCAAAAACGCUGAAGAUUUGAUUAAAAUACAGGAUGGCAACCAUUUGCCGAAGAAAAUUUCUCUUCCAGAAGUACUCUCAGAGCUUGACAAGCUAAUGUUAGUAUUUAUUUUACUACCCGAACUAUUAUACUAG